CUCCUCCAUUGCCUGGCUGGCUGUGGUGAUAUGGUUGGGGUUGUGGUUGUGUUUUAGGUCGGGCCGUGUUGAUAAUACCACAUCGUUCGAACUCGUUGAAUGUGAAGCGAUGGGAAUUCUGAAGAAAUGGCUUUAAAACAAAUAGCCAUUUCGCUGCUUGCUCUCCUUGGUUUUCUCGCCGUAGGUGAAGCUCUGAGGUGCAACUGCACCAACUGCGUGAAGACGGGCUACGAGUGCGAGACGGACGGGGCCUGCAUGGCCUCCACCUCCUUCUUCCAGGAGCGGCUGCAGCACGUGCGCCUGUGCAUCAGCAGCGACAGCCUGGAGCCGCCCGGCCAGCCCUUCUACUGCCUCAGCUCCCAGGGCGUGGUCAACACCCACUGCUGCUACAGCGACUACUGCAACAGCCUGGACCUCAAGGCCCCCAUCGAUGAGGACACAGGCUCCUGGGGCCCCGUGGAGCUGCUGGCGGUGAUCGCGGGCCCCGUGUUCCUGCUGUGCGUGCUGCUGAUGGUGGGCGUGUUCCUGUUCCAGCACCACCAGAGGGCCUACAGCCACCGCCACAGGCUGCAGGUGGAGGAGCCCAGCUGCGACCACCUGUACCUGGCCAAGGACAAGACCCUGCAGGACCUCAUCUACGACAUGUCCACCUCCGGCUCGGGCUCCGGCCUGCCCCUGUUCGUGCAGCGCACGGUGGCGCGCACCAUCGUGCUGCAGGAGAUCAUCGGCAAGGGUCGCUUCGGCGAGGUGUGGCGGGGGAAGUGGCGCGGCGGCGACGUGGCGGUGAAGAUCUUCUCGUCGCGCGAGGAGCGCUCCUGGUUCCGCGAGGCGGAGAUCUACCAGACCAUCAUGCUGCGCCACGAGAACAUCCUGGGAUUCAUCGCCGCCGACAACAAAGACAACGGCACGUGGACCCAGCUGUGGCUGGUGUCGGACUACCACGAGCACGGCUCCCUGUUCGACUACCUGAACCACUACUCUGUCACCAUCGAGGGCAUGAUCAAGCUGGCGCUGUCGGCCGCCAGCGGCCUGGCUCACCUGCACAUGGAGAUCCUGGGCACUCAGGGGAAGCCGGGCAUCGCCCACCGCGACCUCAAGUCCAAGAACAUCCUGGUGAAGAAGAACGGCAUGUGUGCCAUCGCAGACCUGGGCCUGGCCGUGCGCCACGAGUCCAUCACAGACACCAUCGACAUCGCCCCCAACCAGCGAGUGGGCACCAAGAGGUAUAUGGCUCCGGAAGUUCUGGAUGAGACCAUCAACAUGAAACACUUUGACUCGUUCAAGUGUGCCGACAUUUACGCCCUGGGACUGGUGUACUGGGAGAUAGCACGCCGCUGCAACACUGGGGGUAUCCAUGAGGAGUACCAGCUGCCCUACUUCGACCUGGUGCCCUCCGACCCCUCCAUAGAGGAGAUGAGGAAGGUGGUGUGUGACCAGCGGCUGAGGCCCAACGUGCCCAACUGGUGGCAAAGCUACGAGUCUCUGCGGGUGAUGGGGAAGAUCAUGAGGGAGUGCUGGUACGCCAACGGGGCGGCCCGCCUCACCGCCCUGCGCAUCAAGAAGACCCUGUCCCAGCUCAGCGUGGAGGAGGACGUCAAGAUGUGAGCGCACCACCCCCUCCUCCUCCCCCCGCCCACGCCGAAGACGCACAUACACUGAAGACCCUCCUCUCCUCCUCCUCCCCCCCCCCCCCCCCCCACCCGUUCUAUGAAAACACCCCGGAAAGGACUGCUACUUAAAACCCCACAAGUUUUAAUAGCCACCCCCCCCCCCCUUGCGUGUCGUGACAAGGUCUACCUCACCUUUUUAGCCCAAACUACUGAAAGACUCCGCCUUCCCUCCUCUCGCCCACCACCACCACCACGGGCCACUACAACUCCACCCUCCACCAUAUUAUCACUCCCAUGACUCGUUUUUUUGUUGUUGGUGUUUUCCAUAGCAGGAAUUGUUACUAAUGUACAGGAAUUCUUCUUCUUCUUUUAAACCACAACAACUUUUAAACUGCCCCAGGAUGGACUAGCUAACCUCAAACAUGGAGGGGUUUCAUGUCGAGCUGAAGAGAAUCACGCAUAACUUUCUAUCGUUGGCGAGCUCCUUCUUUAUUGCUGUCCGUGUGUCUGGGAGAGCGGCGGUCUUGAAUAUGUUGUUGCAGCAUCUGCCAAUGUCCCCUCUGUUGCUGUUUGCUAAGCAUCGAACUGUCUGUGCGCCGUGCGUUUUGCUACUUGAACCCCCCCCAUGCAUUGUACUCCUUGGCAGCGCUUCACACUCCACACAUGGAAUUCCAGAGUCGCAUGUUAGACGUGGUCCAGUUUUCUCCUUAAAUGUGGCAGGGAUGAUCCUUUUUGUAUUUUAUUUUUUGUGUUCAUAUUAUUAAGAUUUUUAUCGAUAAACAAAUCACUGUGACGUGAAAUGCAAAGAAUGCCAGUUUCUGAUAUCCAAAUGAGGAUCCUUUUUAAUUCAGUGGGAUUCACCCUCCGUCGAGUUGGCGUUGAUGGGUCGUUUCAACACAAGACAGAGGAGCCUCUUAAGUGAUUCAACACAGACCUACCAGGUCAGACUGUGUGGCUCGUAGUGGCAAACUUGAUAUAAUCCAUGGUCAGUGCUGGCAUCCAAAAACUCAAAAGAAAAUAUCUUGUAUACAAAUGUCAUUAAGAAUACUCUUUUGAAAUGUCAUUUGAUUUAUAAGAAGAAUACAGGGUGAUUGUUUCCUUUUAGACUGUCCAAACUACUGAAGAUGGGGGUAAAUAUGAUUUGUAUAUAAAACAAACAUCUUUUUCUUAUAUUUUGAAGCCACAAAGGGUGUUUCUUGUGUUUUUCAGUUUUUAUUAUUCCUGUUUUCAUACUACAUAAUAUAUUUGUGGUACUUUUCAGAGAAUGUUUUAAUACAUGAGAUCUGCAUCAUUUAGCCUGAAGGGUACACUGGGAAAUUCUUACCACUUACUACUAACAGGAUUUUGGCACAGCUGAACGGCAUCAGCAGUAACAAGGGCAAACCUGUUGCUGUGAAGCCCUUUGAGUUCUGAGUUUGUUUUUGAAGUUUUACUUAAAGGCUUGAUUUUUGGUUUUUAAAUCAUGGACUAACCCUGCAGAAGCCUCAACUGAAUUUAAGCAAUGGGUAUUUAUUGAGGGGAAAGAGUCCUCAUGUUCUUUUUAGAGACUGAUAUGCUGUAAUGUGAAACUGCAUGUUAUCUGCCACUUUGUGGUCAGCAAUGCAGCAAAAUAUUCUCACAUUACAAACAGCAACGGUUACUUGGAAUGUGAGUGUAUUUAUGUUUGCAGACAAGUUUACCAAGGUAUGACUGACAGUUUGUCAUCCUUUAAAGCUCUACACCGUUCAAGUCAAACGGACGUAAGGGUUUUAAUCAGUCAUCAAAGCAGCAUUAUGGAAUGCUAUUAACCUACACUUGAACAUGAGACUUGUGUCUGUGCCCUUCUGCAUGCUGUCUCACACUGGGGCCUCGGUCGCUCUGCUGAGGUCAAAGUAGACGUAGACUUGGCUCUUUUUGUCUGCCAGUUGUUUUUGUCUUUCAUUUUGGGGCGUGUGUACCCUGGUAAAUGUUGCUGCUGUUGUAACAUGGGUAGGAAUAUAGGCUAAUGCAGCAUUUUCCUUUCAUGGUAUUUCAUUGGGUGACUCAUAUGAACCAAAUGUCUAAUAUUUCCUAUCCUUUUGGCUUGAUGCCAUGGGUAUUUUGCCAUUAAACGUUCUUGUACCUAAACACUAAAAUACUUCAAACUCCAUGUUAUACAAAUCUUUCAGGACUAGUUAGCAACUGUGUACAUACUGAAACAGUAAUAAACACCUUUUUCUUAAA